AUGAAUUCACAGGCAUCAAACGCUGAGCGGACGGUUCGAUAUUUGCAUGAAGAGAGAGUAAAUGAGAGUAAACAUAAUCAGAAGAAGAAUACGUUGUCGUGUCGGUGGUUCCUCGAUCGUUCGUUCUAUUGCGUCAUAGCACCUGGGAACCAAAUGGAACAUUUCUAUCGAUAUGGACAAGUAGAUGAGUGUAAAUUUACGUGGAAGAAUUUGUAUUUGUGCUAUCGAUCAAGUAUGAUGGAUGAGAAAAAACGUCAGGACUUCCUAAAGGAUACACCGCUGGACACGUCGAAGAGCCCGUACAUCACGGAUGUGUGGGAGAGAAAAGAAACACCUGGCUGGUAG